AUGAAAGCAGACGAAAAAAUCGUGCGUCUCGUUCGCGAGUUUCUUCAAAACUCGUCGGAUCGCGAAAAAUCCGAGUUCGACGGCGAACCGGACGAGCCGCGGCCACAGGAAUGCUGCGGACAAUCGUGCAAGCCAUGCGUGUUCGAUAUCCAUCAGCAGGAUGUGGUGCGUUGGGCGAAACAAUGCGCCAAAAACAUCAAAUAUGGCGAUGAGAGCCUAUACGAAAACGUGUACGGCCGAUGUGGCGACGAGCCAAAAACCAUCGGCAGCAUUUUCGAUGGCAAUCAAUACAUAAGAUUUCGAAUUUCUCAAAUCACCCGCCUAACCGAUUCGACAAAUUUGUACAAAUUUGAAACCGACAAAAAAAUUGGAGAACUACCUUUGGGAUGCCAUUUGCGUGCCAGGUUCGUCGGCCAUUCUUGCGCUAAAACCUAA